GUUUCGGCAGCCGCCAGUUUCGGCGGAGGCGAACCAUGGCGAUUGUUCGGUCGGGCAGCAGCAGCAGCAGCAACGUAAACGCGAAAACUCAAUUAGCUCGGACGCACAACGUGACGCCGAUCCGGAGAUCUGACAGUUACAAAUUAGAAUGCGAAUAGAGGCAAGAAGUAAAUCCGAUUGUUGUUAAUCGUCUCGAUCGCCCGAUAAUGGCGACCACGCGGCUUCGCCAGAGGGAAAGAGGGAGGAAGGUGUGCACGCGAAGCAGAGGCCGUAAAGCAGGUGCUUGGUUGCAGACUCGCGUUGCGUGACCAACUCGCGGAUGAGAAAAACGCCGAUCACGGACCACCCAUAACGUAAUGAGAUCGAGCGAGGGGGCCUGAUCGCACGGUGAGAAAGCAUCACACGAGUAAUCGCGAAGCGAUAGAGAACGGCGACGGGGUGAAUAACGAUGGGUUCCUUGCCGAAUCUUCACGAGCUGUCCAAGGACAAGCUGGGGAGCCCGGUGUACAAACCGGCACCGAUAGGCGGUCUUGGUCCAAAGCGAUUGCCGGCGCAGCCACCGCCGCUAGCGCACUCGCAUAAGCGCGCGAGAAGCAGCGGGCAUCAUCAUUCUACCCUGAGUGACAACGAUGCCAUGUUGGAGCACAUGGCGGCGUACUCGCCAAUCUCCUGCCGGUCAACGCGCACCUCGGCGCUGUCGUGGCGGCGUCGCGACUCCAUGAACUCCUCGGCGGGCGCGUCGUCGGUGCGCCGACUGAUCGCGGCGGUCCGCGCGGCCCCGUCCGGACCCAGACCGCCACGUAAGGCCGUGCUGCGUCACAUCGCGGCCCUUCUGCUCGGCCACGCGGGCUGCUCGGCCGCGACGCUGCCGAUCUUCCCGCUGCAGGCGGGCCUGGGCGCGUUCGAGCCUCGCAUGGGCCCGGUGCUGCUCGCCUAUCUCUACAUGAUGGCAGCCGCCACCAGCUGCUUCGCGCCCAUCGUCGUGCAACGGCUCGGCACGAAUCUCGCCAUCACCGCAGGCCACGUGAUCACCGCUAUCUUCGUCGGCGUGCACCUGUAUCCAAAAUGGUACAUACUCGCGCCCAGCUACGUUAUGUUGGGUUGCUGCGCAACCUCGAGCUUCCUGGCGAGGACGUCACACAUUAAUGUGUCCGCGACCAGUCUGGCACUGGUUUGUGUCGAUCCCGAGGAUCCCGAUGAGACACGUCGCGAAUGCCUGCUGAGAAGACUCAAUCGGGGAAUCAAACUGGCCGAGGACAUCGGCCUUGCAAUCGGUUGUCUCAUUGCCGCGGUCCUCGUCAGGGUAAUGGACCUGAUACCGUCUGGUGUAAUGAACAGCGACGUUUGCGGGGCUGAGUACUGUUCGGAGGAGAUGUACUUUUACAACGAAUCCCUCUACGUGCCGACGAUGACGCCGGGUAGCUCGAGGAUUCUCGUCAGCAUUUGGCUCGGCUUGGCGGUGCUCGGUCUCGGCAUAUCAUGUGCGUUCUUCGACUCUAGGCUGCAAGAGCCUAAGUCAAACCAUGACCGCGCCAGCGUCAAGGACAUCCUCAAAUCCGUGAAAUCCGCGUUUCAGGAUCCGAAACUCAGGCUCGCGACGCCUCUCACGAUUUUCAUCGGGCUGGAGCAGGGCUUCAUUUACGCUGAUUUUACAGAGGCGUACGUGGUAUGCGCCUUGGGCGGCGCCGGUGCGGUGGCCUUAAGCUUCCUGAGCUUGGCUCUGUUGCAAGCUCUGGCCGCUGCGACGCUCUCGAUGCUGCUGAGGCACAUUAAAAGGUACUUUGUCGUAGUCGUAGGUUUCGCUUUCCACGCUUGUCUUCUGCUGGUUCUGGUAACCUGGAGACCGACGGGAGACGAUCCAGCUCUCUUCCAUGUCAUAUCAGCUGCCUGGGGGGUUUGUAAUUCCAUCUGGGAAACUUUGAUUUACACAUUGGUGAUGGGCUUGUACCCGAACGCGUGGCAGGGACCGCUGUCGACGUCGCUCUUUUGGCGCUGGCUCGGCUUGGCCCUUGCGCUCAGCUUGCACGGUAUAGUGUGCAUCCGCUAUCGCGUGCUGGGCCUCGCCGUGAACCUGGUGCUGGCGGUGGUGCCGUACCUGUGGCUGGAGAGCCGUCUCGCCCGCCGCAGCAAAACCCUAGCGCCCUUAUGACCAGGCGACUCGACCGCGAGCGAGCGCGGGUCUACUAGCGUCGAGACGGCGACGACGACCGAAAUUAGACACCGGGGAGACUGAGAACGAGCCGUUCCAUCCGGCACCACGGUGAAAUCGUGGACCGGGAUACCGAGACGCGGUAGCCGCAGGAGCAGCGGCCUGACGUCGCAGGAAUCGCAGCAGCAGCAGCAGCAGUCGCAGCAGCAGUCGCAGUCGCAGCAGCAGCCGCAACAGCAACCGCAGCAGCAACCGCAGCAGCAACAUCAGCAUCAGACGCAGGCCAGCGGCGCGACGUUGAAAGUCAAGACGCGACGCAGGUCGAACAGCGUCGCGUUUGCCUGCCGCACCGACUACGGUCUGCCUGACGACAGCGAUGACAACGACAUCCCGCCGAAGAACCCGGUGCUGCUCGUCGCGGAAGCGUCACAGGAGCGUCGCAGGAGCGCCAUCGAUUCCGUACUCGAGGGCUCGAAGGAACGCUCCUCGAUCUUCACGCUCUCGUGAGGAAGGCGUCCUCUCGCGAACGCGCUGCUUCCCAAGCGUCAUCGUAUCCUUCGAUGAGAGAUGAGACGGGGAGUGUGCUAUCGUGCUGAGUACGUUUCAGCGCGAUGCACCCUGGAUAACGCGUGAAAUCUUUCUCUUUCUCUCCCCUCCUCCGUUUUGACUGAUUAUAAAAUUCGAAAAACAAAAUUACAGUGUUAGAGCGAGAAAGAGAAAGAACUUGUGCUUGCGGUUGAAGAUUCGAAUUAAAAUCGCUGAAGCGUGCCAAUUCAGCGUGCAAGCAGCCGCGACGCGAUAUCCGGUGUAUCUCGUGUGAGCAUUGCGGUGUCCUAUUUUGCGCUCGACCCUCGGGAAGAGAGCUUCCUCCGUCUCUCUCCCCCGUCUUGCUCCCCCGCGAAUUUGGAGCGAGGACGGCGACGAUCGAUGGACGCUUUAAAGCUCUCUCUCUCUCACUCUCUCUCGCUAUCCAUAGGCGCGCGUUUGAGCCACGAUUAAUGAGGAUCGCUCUUCCGAAGCUGGAUGGAACGGCUGCGUAUUACGGACAUUAUAUGCAUACACGUGUACGUUAUACGUACAUACGUACACGUACACAGACGUACGCUUUCCCGCUACUACGGUGCGAUCGAUGCACACGACUGAAUAGCGGGAAAAACGACACGCGCAUACAUGUACACACAUACACACACGUACGUAAAGUCUACAUAUAUCGUAUUCUAAUAAAACCGAGCGUACCGUUUUGUAUCACUCGAACGAAUCGCCGUUUGACGUAACGAAACGUCGAGAUGUACCUGAUGUCUUUCAAGCCAAGCUACACAAGGUAUAGUCGCCCCUUCCCUCACCUGCGCGAACCACCCGAUAUAAAUAAAUAUAUAUA